CAAUUAUUUAAGAUGUGAAAAAGUUCCUGUUACUCUUUUGUUUUACUUUGUUUCGUCACUUUUAGAGAGACAGCAUUAGGGUUGAAAUGUCAUUAGCUCAAUUACCAAAAGUCUUAGUGGUUGGUUCUGGAGGUGUAGGAACCAUUGCUGCGUUAUCAUUAUGGACUAGAAAGAGAUCGAAUGUAACACUUGUUGUUCGAUCUGAUUAUCAAAAGAUAAUUGAUAAAGGAUUUACUAUUAAUUCAUGUACUUAUGGUCAUAUAGAAAAUUGGAGACCUCAUAAUGUAGCCAAAUCUGUUGAAGAUGCUGCUAAAUAUGGAGAAUUUGAUUAUAUUAUAGUUACUACUAAAAAUAUUCCUGAUGGUAAAAUGACUUGUGAAGAAAUUAUUAAACCAGCAGUUAGUGAUAAAUCAACAAUUCUUCUUAUGCAAAAUGGUAUUGGAAUUGAUACUCCAAUGCAUCAAGCAUUUCCUAAAAAUGUAAUUCUUAGUGCAGUAACUCAUAUUGGUUCAACCAAUUAUAAUGGAAUUAUUGAAAAUAAAGGUCCUGAUAAUGUAUUUCUUGGAGAUUUUAAAAAGGAAUCAUCUCCAAAAGUACGUCAAAUUAUUGAAAAUUUUAUUCAUAUAUAUAAGAAUGAUAAUGAUUUAAAUUUCAUUAGAGUAGAUGAAAAUGUAUCACAAACUAGAUGGGAAAAACUUAUUUAUAAUUCAGUAUUUAAUCCAGUUACUGCUAUUCUUAAUAUUGAUGUUACUAGAUGUCAAAUUAAUGGUUUAAAUGAUAGUAUAUUUAGACCAGCAAUGAGAGAACUUAUUUCUAUUGCUAAAUCUGAAGGAGUAGAAAUUGAUGAAGAAGAAAAAAUUGAAAAAUUCAUUCAUAUUGGUGAUGGACUCUUUUAUUCUCCAUCUAUGUGUGUUGAUCAAAAGAAGAAUCAAUUAAUGGAAUUAGAAAUUAUAUUAGGUAAUCCUCUUAAGAUUGCUGCUAAAAAUGGAGUAUCUACACCAAUAUUAAGUUUAAUUUAUGGUCUUGUAUCGGUAGUUCAAUUUAGAAUUAAAGAAAGUAUUGGACUCCUCAAAAUCAAUGAAGACGAUUUUAAAAUUGAUAGUGAUAAACUUCAUGAUGUUUACCUUGAAAAAUAUGCUCAUAAAUAAAUAAAUAUAUAUAUAUAU